AUGGACCACCUGAACAACUUCUAUGCUCCUGGCGAGCAAUUUCCGUGGAGCAAUCCUGCUCCGUUCCACGCUACCGAUCAACAUGGCAAUCCUACGUUCGCAGCCGCAGGCCCCACGCAACUGCCAUCAGCGAACGCUUUUGCUACAUCUGCCCCCGUCGGUCACUUGCAUCGUGACCCUGAAGCGGAAUCACGCCACAUGUCGAAGCCCAGUGCAUCUUGCACGCGCCAGAAAGCCAUUGCUUGGAACCAACAUCAAGAAGAGCUCAGAAAGCUAUACCUCGAAGACCAGAUGAAAUUAGACGACAUCCAGACGUGGAUGAAACGAGAGAGAGAUCUCGAUGCAACUAAGAAGCAGUAUAAGGAUCGCUUCAAGCUUUGGGGUUGGAAAAAGAGCCUGCCUCUCGAAACAGCACAAUUCAUGGCCAUCAAGGCCAGGGAACGAAAGCUGGGCCCCGACAAGAAGGACACUAGUUUUAAGUUCGGCGGUAUGACUUGGACAAGCGCGCGCGCCGAGGUUACCGUCAAGAGAGCCGGAGAAGGCACCACAGAGAUCAUAGAUAUGAGCACACCUAUGGGCGUCGUCUAUGAGACACCUGGUCACAUCGAUCCGACAUCGCCAGAGAAUCCGGGCAUGUCACUUGGUACAAAUCAUGAGAUGAACGUGGCUAUGACGAUAUCAUCGGACUUGGAUCCAGAAGCGUGGGAGUCUGACUCAGACAAUAAUGACUACUCUCUAUCAUUGACAUGGGGAAACAAAACUCGAUCAGAUAUUCAGGACAUGUUUCAGAUGGCAAAGCAGCAAAUGCACGCCGGCCGCAACCAACAGGCUGAAGAGCUACUCCGAGAAACACUGCAAGGGUACAAAAUCCUCCUGGGAUCGAACCAUGAGGACACUAGUCACGUCUUUGUGACGCUUGCAACGCUGUGUUUCGAGAUGGGCAGGAUACCCGAGGCCUACAAGAUCAUUGAGGAAAGUUGUCGUCUUCAUAUUGAGAAGAUCGGACUGCAGCAUCGUCGCACACAACAGCACAUCAAUAACAUCGCCGGACUUUUGCAUGGUUGGAAUAGAGAAGAUGAUGCUCUCGCUUUCUUAGGUCGUGUCAAAGAGAUUGCGAAUGCACCAACAUCAAACAACAAUUCAAGACGUAAGAAGUCGCGUGCCAUCGAAAAGUUUCCAAAGAACCAGCACUGGUCUUUACUCCAAGAAGCCGCGCGCAGCACACAUGGGAAUAGCGAUCCCAUUCAGCUCGAUUAUGGGCUUAGUCUCGUCCGCACAUGUGCUCCUACCGAAGAUGCAGCCGCAAAGCAAUUGCUAUAUCUUACUAUCGAUAGCUGCGGUUCCGACACCAACAAGCUUGCUAUCCAGCGUUUGAAAGCAUGGGCCGAGCUUCUCAAGCUUCACAACAAUACAGGCCAAACCUCUCAAGGAUCGGUUGACUUCAAUAAGGCACACCUCGCUUUCAACGCAGUCCUGCAGUAUUUCCUGUGGGAUCAGGUGACAAAGGAGAAGUUUCGAUCGUUCCAACUCAUGGAGUCUGCUCUCGAAUUUGUGGCCCAAUUCGUCCGCGCAAGGUUGUUAACGGAAGCAAAACAUAUGUUUCAGAUGUGUCAGGAGAAGGCUUCCGAGUACUUCGAAGAGUACAAUGAGCGUACGAUUUGGGUACUGAUUUCUAUCGGCCUUGUUUACCAAAGGUACAGGAGUUGGAAUGAAGCUGCUCCCUGGUUCGAACACGCAUUGUCCACGGCGAUGGAACUAUAUGAUGAGAAUGAUGGUAUUCAAAUCUCGUUGGAAGAGGCUAUGCAAAAAAAAGCAUUUUUCAUAUAUCAACGAUGA